GACACCUCUACACCUGGCCUGUGCUAAUGGAUAUCCAGAUGUUGUGUCUCUCUUAUUAGAGAGAAAGUGUAAUCUAAACCUGCUUGACAAUGACAGUCUAACACCUUUAAUUAAGGCAGUACAGUGUCAAAAUGAGGAGUGUGCUACUAUCCUCCUCGAACAUGGUGCAGACCUUAAUCUUGUGGACACCAAAAACAACACUGCACUUCAUUAUGCUGCCUCUGGACAGAACACAACUAUAGCAGCAAAGCUGCUUAGACAUAAAAUGGAUAUAGAGGCAAAAAACAAGGAAGGCUAUACACCACUUCUGCUUGCCAUUAAAGAAAAUAAUCUAGCUAUGGUAGAUUUUUUCUUAAAGAAUGGAGCAAAUGUGAAUGUCUCGGAUAACUCCAAAAG